UGUUUUUGUUUUCAAACAAUGGCUGCUAUUUCGAGUUCGUUGAUUUCGAUGAGAAAUCCUCAAGCCCAGUUAUCUCCUGGAUCUACUCUGAAGCCAUCGAACCAAUUUGUUGGGAAUGCAGCUCCCUCCAACUUGUUGCUUGGUACCAAUCGUGUAGGGAAAUUGCAACUUUGUACAUCCAGAAGGCCGCUCAUAGUUCAAGCUGGGUAUAGUGAUCAUGGAGGGCCAAGCAGUGCAAGCAUCUUUGUAGGUGGCUUUGUUUUGGGAGGACUCAUAGUUGGCACACUCGGUUGUGUAUAUGCACCUCAGAUCAGCAAAACACUAACUGGAGCUGACCGAAAGGAUUUAAUGAGGAAACUGCCCAAAUUCAUAUAUGACGAAGACAAAGCUUUGGAGAGAACACGGAAAGUACUGGCUGAGAAGAUUGCACAGCUGAACUCCGCUAUAGAUGGCGUUUCAACUCAGCUCCGAUCAGAAGAAGAGCCAAAUGGUGUGGAUGUGAUCUCAGAUGAAGUUGAAGCUGCCAUAUAAUUGCUCUUGAUUAUGUCAUGGACUAGCCUUAUCUACCAGUAACUUCCAGAUUAAUAAAUAUUAGUUGAAUUUCUUGUAACACCUUUUUCCCCCUAUCAACAAUCAGUUUAGUUGUUUCUUCAACAUGGUGACUUUUUAGACUGGGUCUAGAUAUUUUGACAAAUAUUAUUCUGGUGAAUUGCUUGGAACUGGUGUCAAGUUCUAUGCAAUAUUAUUCUAUACGUGUGUUCCAUCCUGUGUA